UUGCAGCCGGGGCAAACUUGAAGAAGCAGCUUAGCCAGGCACUCCCUCCAAUGCGAAAGGAUUCUAUCUCGGAAUAACAGGACCAUGAUUUCUGGAUUGCAAUACAGCCUCUUUCUUUUCUUGUGCCUAACGUCAUGUCAGGAAUCUUUGGCUUCCCAGAACUGCAUGGGCAAGCAGCAUCUUCUGGCUACCAUCCGCCAAAUGCAGCAAUUUCUAAAGGGGCAGGAAACACGAUUUGCAGAGGGAAUACGCGUCAUGAAACACCGACUGACAACUUUGCAAAACACAGUGUCUAAAGUCACCCCAGACCCACCAACUGUGUUCUGCCCUGCACGGGAUGCCCCACUGAAUGGCAAAAGAUUUGGCACCAAGAAUAUGGUGGACCAUGAAGUCCAUUUCACCUGUGAUCCUGGAUUUCAGCUCAUCGGUUCCAGUUCUCAAAUGUGUCAGCCAAACGGCAGCUGGUCUGGGGAGGUUCCCCAGUGCAAAGAUAUCAGUCAAUGCACAAGUUAUGUAUGCCAAAAUGGGGGAUCGUGUGUGGACGGAGGUGACCACUACAAAUGCAUUUGUCCACAGGAGUGGACUGGACCUAACUGCCAGUAUCAAACCCAGACAGUACCACCAGCAUGGAGUGUAACAAAUGAUCCGGCAUUCAGUCGUAAGCCACGCUGUGCCAAAUUCGACAGAAUGCAACACUGCAGCUGUGAAGCAGGCUUCCAUAUGAGUGGCACAACAGAAAACAGCAUCUGUCAGGAUGUGAAUGAAUGUGAAAUUUACAAGCCAAAGGGAGCCCCUCGUCUCUGUGUGCACACCUGCAUCAACAUUCCUGGCUCAUACCGCUGUUCCUGCCCCAGUGGAUACAGGAUCUUCGGUGAUGGGAAAAGCUGUGAAGAUAUCGAUGAAUGUGCACUCUCAUUGCACAAUUGCACUAGAGGAACGACAUGUAUUAACACAGGAGGAGGCUUUCAGUGCGCCAUUUCCGAAUGCCCCAAGUCUAGUGGAAAUGUCAGCUAUGUGAAAACGUCACCAUUUCAGUGUGAACGGAACCCGUGUCCAAUGGACAGCAGGUCAUGCCAUCAAGCCCCGAAGACCAUCUCCUUCCAUUACCUCCCGCUGCCAUCUAACCUCGUUACUCCCACCCCACUUUUCCGCAUGGCAACCGCUUCGGCUCCUGGACGGCCCGGCCCCGACAGCUUGCGUUUCGGGAUCGUGGGAGGGAACAGCCGAGGACAUUUUGUGAUGCAGCGCUCUGACCGGCAGACCGGAGAACUCAUUCUGGUGCAGAGUCUGCAGGGGCCUCAAACCAUAGAAGUGGAGGUGGACAUGUCAGAGUACCUGGACCGCACCUUCCAAGCUAAGCAUGUCUCCAAGAUCACCGUCUUUGUGUCAGCUUAUGAGUUUUAAAGAGAGCAGCUUAUACAAAGGAGGGAAAAAGUAGCUCACAGACUAUUCUUCUUCACUGGGAACUUUUUGUUUUGUUUAACCAUCAGCUCCAGUAAACGGCACCAUAAUAUCUAGGGACUGAAAUUAGGCAUGUCAAUCUGUUAACUUGCCUGUGUUAAUAAACAGUUACUUCUUUUCAACACUGCUAUAAUGACAGUAGCUUUCCCAUCUCUACUCUAACACAAUUUUAGAUGCCCUGAAUUCCUUGGAGGAAGGGCGGGAUAAUAAUGCGCCUAAGUACCAACUACUGAUGUAACCCACCUAGCUCUAACCUUUUUUCUGGCCAACCCAGUAUGCUCCACAUACAGAGAGCCUGCCCCCAUCUUUAUGUUGGUG